AAGAAAAUGGCUUCAAAAAACGAAUCUUUAGUGACUGAAUUCAUUCUUGCAGGCUUAACAGAUCAACCAGAGCUCCAGCUUCCCCUAUUCCUCCUGUUUCUAGGGGUCUAUAUGAUCACUGAAGUGGGAAACCUGGGACUGAUCAUUUUAAUCAAGAUGAAUUCUCACCUUCACACUCCUAUGUACUAUUUCCUCUUCAACUUAUCUUUCAUAGAUUUCUGCUACUCCUCUGUCUUUACUCCCAAAAUGUCAAUGAAUUUUAUCUUAGAGAAAAAUAUCAUCUCUUAUUCAGGAUGUAUGGCUCAGCUCUAUUUCUUCUGUUUUUUUGUCAUUUCUGAAUGCUACAUGUUGACAAUAAUGGCUUAUGAUCGUUAUGUUGCCAUCUGUAAUCCAUUGCUGUAUCAUGUCACUAUGUCCCAUCAGGUCUGUUCAUGGUUAUUGGGUGCAGCAUAUGUAAUGGGGUUUGCUGGUGCAUUGGCCCACACUGGAUGCAUGCUGAGACUGUCCUUCUGUGAUGCCAACAUUAUAAACCAUUACAUGUGUGAUAUAUUGCCCCUCCUCCAGCUCUCCUGCACCAGCACCUAUGUGAAUGAGAUGGUGGUUUUCAUCGUUGUGGGCACUAAUAUCAUAGUACCUAGUGUCACUAUCUUCACCUCUUAUGUUCUCAUCCUGUUAAAUAUCCUGAGCAUCAGCUCCACUGAAGGCAGGUCUAAAGCCUUCAGUACGUGCAGCUCCCACCUAAUUGCUGUGGCUCUUUUCUUUGGGUCAGCAUCAUUUAUGUAUCUCAAGCCAUCUUCUUCAGGGUAUAUGGACCAGAGCAAAAUAUCAUCAAUCAUUUAUACAAAUGUAGGACCUAUGCUAAACCCCUUCAUUUAUAGUUUGAGGAAUAAAGAUGUUCAACUUGCCUUGAGGAAAACCUUGAGGAGAAGAAUAUUUUCCAGAACAGGAUCAGGAUUUUCAUAA